AAGAAGAAGAAACAAAAAUUACAAAACAGAAAAGAAGCGAAAAGAGGGAUGCCGAACAGAGAAGAUUAGGGCUUUCGUUGUAUUUUUCAAAAUAAAGAAACAGAAAAAGAAUCAUUUACAUCUCUUGUUUCUUCUUGACUUGUGUUUCUCUCUUUCUCUGACCACCGAGAAGCUUUUUGAUAAUUCCAGGUGUUUCUGCCAAGUUGGAAUUUUGAAUAGGCAUGUCUUCUGAUACUGGCAAGGAAAAUGCAUCUGUUGUUGAUUCGUCUUUGACUGAUUGGAAACAAGAUAUAGGAAACUCUGAUGAUCCAGAGAGUUCAAGUUACAGAAGCAAGGAAGAUCAUAAGCCGUCCAAGGUGGACGUUGAACGAGGCAACUUACCUGAUCAGCUUGAAAGCUCGAACUCGAAUAAGAACAACAAACCGGGGUACCAAACGAGAUAUUUCAUAAUCAAAAGUCUGAAUUAUGAGAAUAUUCAACUUUCUGUCGAGAGAGGGAUUUGGGCUACUCAAGUAAUGAAUGAGCCAAUAUUGGAAGGUGCUUUUCAUAAUUCUGGUCGUGUGGUUUUGAUUUUCAGCGUGAACAUGAGCGGAUUCUUCCAAGGGUAUGCACAGAUGUUGUCUCCUGUGGGUUGGAGGCGAGACCAUAUAUGGAGCCAGGGAGGUGGUAAGAACAAUCCUUGGGGACGUAGUUUUAAAGUAAAAUGGUUGCGGCUGAGUGAAUUGCCUUUUCAGAAAACACUUCAUCUCAAGAAUCCUUUGAAUGAUUACAAGCCUGUCAAGAUUAGCCGAGAUUGCCAGGAGUUGCCGGAAGAUAUCGGUGAAGCACUUUGUGAGCUCCUUGAUGCAAAUAGCUGCGAUGACGGGUUGAUAAAUAGCUCUUCUAGGGAUGAUUAUUCAACGAAAAGGUCUCGCGUAGAGCCUCCAUCUUCCUCAGGAGACGAAGAGUAUAACAACAAUCUGUGGGGCCAUGUACAGAUGCCUUACCCUCCUGCGAUUUACCCAAACCAGGAUGACCUCAGCAGAUUCCAUCUUGCACAACAGAGAGGAUAUGGAGUAGCCUCGGAAUAUCUUCAUACAUCAUCAGGUGUAUCUAAUUAUCGAGAGGAGCAAGAGAAGCCUUUACGUUUCAACUCAUGGGGUCUGCCUUUGGAGAGCCCUCUCGCGAGUUCCUUAACCGAUGAUGAUUUUCUUAACAUGUCUUAUGAAGAGUACCUUGAAACCCACAGCAGAUGCAUGAAACAACUUGGUCUGCCUGUCAGUGAUUCCACAAUCACGGGUCACACAAGAGCCAUCAAGUAAAACAGACAAUGUAAGCAAUGGUUCUUCGAAAGACCGGCCAUCAUCAAGAAAGAGAGGACGGCAUUCAUCUUAGGGGGUUCAACUUCAUCCUCAAAACUCUACCACGAAUAUCACAUCAAAAUGUACAAGAAUAUGUCAGUAUCUUUUUAAGAGAAUGCUGAUGAAGAAGAAGUUCUUCUAUGUUGUAAUUCAUCUUCAUUUGGUCUGGUGGUUUUGUAGCAACCAGAAGACUGUAAUUAAAAUGUUUCUUCUUUUGAUUGUCAAAACUUGUACAGUUUCAACUUUCAAAUCUGGCAAAGCGUAAGCUUUUGGUUUG